AUGCAAGCGGUGGACGACAAACUGAUAGCAUUUACUGUUGGAAGCGAUCCCACCGAGACCAACACUCGUCGACUACCAAUCGAGUUUUCUCGUCGGUGGCCGGGCGGUCGUCAGCUGUUAAGCGGGGAGUCUAUUGAGAUGUCAGCGACGAUAACUCUCCACGCGGUCGAAAUGCAUCCAGUUUAG